GGAGGAGCGGGGCGGUGUUUCCGUAGCGGCUCGGUUUUGUUUAGUUUGUUGAAAAAGCGAUGAACCGGUACUUUAUUUAACGGCUCGAAGCGCCUCUGAAGGAAGGCCGUUUGAGAUUAUCCUGACAUAAGAAGAGAAGAGCAGCCAAGAUGAGCACGUUUGGUUGUAAUAGACCCAUGUACCUGAAAACAUACGGCCGACAAAAGCGCAAGGUGGAUCUGUGGUUCUCGCCUGACCUGAGGAAGAAAGCCUUCUCUUUCUCCAGCACGCCCUCGUCUGACCAGUCCGUCUCCGAGACCUCGCAUCCCAAAGCACGGAAGAAGAAAAGCGCAGCCUCGGCUGGAUCCAGGACGGCGCGCAGGGCCAUGACGGCCUUGAAGAAGCUGGAGAGCGAUGAGGAAAACUUCAUUCCUGACAGCGCGUCCAGGAAUAAAGUGAGCUCCACACACGUGAAGGCUACAGUCCCUAAAAAGCCACCAGGCGCACACGGAGCCCGAGCCAGGACGGAACAGGCCCCUCAGCACACAGCGAGAGUGAAGAAGAGGAGGAAGAAGAAGAAGCAGCAGGUCCUCAGCAGCAGCGAGAACGAGGACGAGUCUUUUAUGAUGGAGAAGAAGCGCUCGGAGGCCUUUAGACCAGGCGUCCCUGAAGAGGCGGACCGUAGAGAGAAAGCGAACGCUUUGACAGAAUAUUUAAACGAGAAGAGAGAAUCAGCUGCUCCACUUCCUCUGGGCAGAUUCGUCACUCGCCGCAGGAGAGCGCCGCCCAUCCAACCCGAAAAGCCCACCGCUAAACAGAGUUGGGCGGUUCCUGACGGCUCUCUAAGUUCACUGGAGGACUUCGUUUCUCUCGUCCCUUCGUUUCCCCGGUGUGUCGCCCGGCGGAAGCGGCCCGCCGUCCCGGAGGAGUUUUGUCCAGAGAACUCUGGUCCUAAGCGUUCGGCCUCCGCCCUCAGCAGCGGUCACACCCAGUCGGUUUUACGCGAAGUCUCGUUGAACGACAGUGAGGGGCAGCGGGUGUCCUGUAAGCUUCCUCUGCUGAGUAGCACCCCGUCCCUGGUCUCCAGACGAAACCUGCGCUACCUGGAGCCCUCGGUCAGCGAGAUCUCCUCCUUCAGCUGCGACGAGCUGGACAAACCCCCUGCAGGAAAUCCCAGCACCAGCAAGCUGAUGAUCAAACCACGACAGUUCACCUCACUGCGGAACAGCCAGCAGCGCUCAAGCUGCACUCAGGAGAUGAAGACGGAGGAGCGUGCAGAAGGUCCUCACCUGCAGACAGCGGAGACUCUAAACCGGCGUGGAGAAAGGACAGAGGACGGGGUGGGACAGAAGAACGGAGAGUCCGAGCAGGAAAACAUGGCCUGUGAGGACGAUCAGAUGAGUGCAAGUGUCAUAUUUGUUUCUGCUCAGACUCACCUGGACUCUGAAGUGGAGCAGCUGAAGGAGAGGUGUCGCUCGGUUAGUGCGGUCGUCUUGCUGGAGGAGGUGGACGUCACGGACAUCUUAUCCAGACAAAGCCUUAGCAGGAACACAGAAGACCAGGAGACGUACCCACCCAGUUUGGAGACGGAGCUCUCGACAUCAGCCAGCAUAGCGGAAAUAGGCAACGGCAACCAAACCUAUGACGUCUCGGAUCGCGCCCUGUCCGAUGUCUGCCUCAGACCCCUCCGCGUCUCCACGUCCCCUUCAUCUUCCUCCUCUCUGUCUGUUCCUCCUCUUUCCUCUCCUCCUGCUCACGGGUCCAGUGGUUCAGCUCAGGCGCUGAUUGAUCGUCUUACGGUGGAGUGCUUGUCUUCUUGCCUCACCGUCUUCCUCCAGCCUCUGGACCACAGCCUCCUCCACAGGUUCCAGCAAGCACCUUCGCAGACUCGGACAGCCUCUCCUCCUCCUCAAGAGACCAGAAGUGAUGACCAGGUCAUGAAGAGUGCGCUUCAGUUGGAGAACACUGAGAGGGUGAACUCUGAAGGAGAGCGGUCGUCUGGGAGCGAGGGGCAGAAGGCAGGGGUGGUUAGACGUCUGUCCAACUUGUUCGGACCUCCUGUUUCCCCUGCCGAUGUCGUGGCUCCUAGUAAAGCAUGCACGCAGGUGGUGCCGAAAGAGCGCAACGGUGCUGGGACGGGCCGGAAAGCAUGCGUGAGUGGCCUGAGCGUCAGCCGCUGGUCAAAGAGAGAUAUGGGUGAGAGGAAUAAAAGGCAAAGGAGGAAUGAGACCAGGACAAGAACCAAACCUGGAGACUGCUCUCUGAACUACCUGCAACCUGCAGGGACGAAUGGGGACUCUGUGUGCAGCUGGUUAAACGGUGGUGUCGGUCUGCCUGUGACCCCCAUCAGAGUGGAACAGCUGAACCUCUCCUCCAUUCUGGCCAACUUCUCUCCAGACAUGCUCACAACUCACAACUGGGGACGACUCAAAGCUGCGCUGUCCGUACACAAAAAGAAGACAGCGUUCCCAACCCCGCGGCGGCUGGCUCUGUCCAAUCUGAGGACUCCGGGUGGGAUGGACGCCAGUCUAAGCUUGUUUGGAAGCCCACUGGACGGGUACACCCCAACGUCCAGACUCACUCCCUCUCGCCUGCUCCGCUCCACCAUGACGGACGCCUCUGUGGCUCCUGAUGAUGAAGAUAUCAGUGAUGCUGAGAAGGUGUAUCAUGAGUGCCAGCAGGAUGGCCCCCUCCCGUUUGAUGACUGCAUUCCUCCAGAGCAAAUGAAGCGCUGCUCCAAGAUCGGAGAGGGCACGUUUGGAGAGGUGUUCUCCACAGUCAACGACUCCAGUCAGACUGUGGCUCUUAAAAUCAUUCCAGUAGAAGGCUCUCAGAAAGUCAACGGUGAACCGCAAAAAACCUUUGGUGAAAUUCUUCAUGAAAUCAUCAUUUCAAAAGAGCUGAGCAGCCUGGACUCGAAAGAGAACAACAGAACGAGUGGCUUCAUUGGACUCAACAAUCUUCACUGUGUGCGGGGGUGCUAUCCCAGCGCUCUACUCAAAGCCUGGGACAAAUUUGACCAAGAGAAGGGAUCUGAGAACGACAGGCCUGAUUUCUUCGGUCAGGAGCAGCUCUUUGUGAUCCUGGAGUUCGAGUUCGGAGGGAGUGAUUUGGAGAACAUGAAUGGAAAGCUAUCCUCCAUGGCCCAGGCCAGAAGUGUUCUACACCAGGUGACUGCUGCGCUGGCCGUAGCUGAACAGGCUCUGUGCUUUGAACACAGGGACCUGCACUGGGGGAACAUCCUGGUGAAAACCACUAAGGAGAAGCAUAACGACUUCGUGCUGAACGGCUCGGUUCACUCUGUGGAGACGCGAGGAGUUCACGUCAACAUCAUAGACUACUCGCUCUCCCGGCUGGAGAUCGAUGGACUGACGGUGUCGUGUGACAUAGCGAACGAUGAGGAGUUGUUCAUGGGCCAGGGAGACUAUCAGUUCGAGAUCUACCGUCUGAUGAAGAAGGAGAACAAUAACUGCUGGGGGGAGUAUAAUCCUCACUCCAAUGUCCUUUGGCUGCACUAUCUGGUGGACAAGCUUUUGACGAUGAAGUACAAGACCAAAGCGCAGACCGGCCAGCAGAAGGCACUGAAGAGCAGCCUCAGGUCCUUCCAGUCAGAGAUCCUGAGUUACGGCUCAGCCACAGAGGCUCUCCUGCACUGUAGCCUGUUUCAGUGAACAUGCAGACCGUGUGCACGCUGGGCUCGUUUUAAUCCGUGCUGUCAGACCUGUAAUCAUAUUGUAAAUCCUUUUGUAAACUUUACAGUUGUAAUGCAUUGUAAAAAAAAAAAUGAACAAAUAAACGAAAUAAAAGG